AUGGGUGCUUCUGAUCCAGGAGAGCCGACGGCAGUCUCUGCAGGCAGCAAAAGAGCUCAUAGUCCCAGGACUGCUCCUGCAAAGCGCGCCAAAGCAGCCCAGGCCUGUUUAUCAUGCAGGAAGCACAAAACUCGUUGCGAAAUGCUUGAUGGAGAUAACUCCGGCUCUCAAUGCCACCGUUGUAAAGUCCUCUCCCUCCCUUGCUCAUUCGAAGAAAACGGCGCUCCGGCGAGUGAUCGCGCUGGGCCCUCCUCCCGUCCUCUGCACACACCAGAUAUCCGUUCCAUGCGGGAACGCGAGGACCGGCGUCCUUCCCUUACUGUUCCCCAAAAAUCCCAUGAUAUACCAAUGGACAACUCUCGCGCUCAUGCAGGUUCCAGUUAUUCAAGGAAUUGGGACUCUAGCUCAAACACCCUACCACCCUUUCCAAGAUCUCAGCCCCAAGAGGAGGAGGUCGACCUUCUAGACCCUAAUCGGUUAUUGCCAGAGCGCCACAAGCCGUGGGGAUUUUUAAAACUUCCUGGAGGGUUUGAUGGCACCAUGGUGCCUAUGCUGGCUAUGCAGGCGCUUACCCGUGCAGGUUCGGUUGAUGACUCCUCACGGAAUAAAGUGGACCAGUCAUUACUCCAUAUUCUUGGGAGGGAGCAGGUAGAUUAUCUUACCGACAUUUUCGAGGAACGUUACGCUCCCUGGCUUAAUUUGCAGCCUUCUCAGCAACCAGAAGGACCACUUCUAAAACUCGCACAGUGCUGUGUUGCAUCACGACAUCUCGGAUCAUCAACGCGCUCGGCAGUCUCUCCUCAGCUAUAUCGCCUGGCAGACGAAUCUAUCUUCAAACAGGCCUAUCACCCUUUGCCAUCUACGGAUGCAAUACAUGCAAUGCUCGUACUUUCAUUAUGGCAACCCAUAGAGGAUCCAACAACAACAGAGUCACGCGAUGGUCGGCUAAUUGCUUCGACCGCCGUCAGUAUGGCCAUGAACCUUCGCCUAAGCGAGGCCAUGGUAUAUUCUAAAACUCUCCGGAAGCAGAAAAAACCGAACGAGCUUCCUAGCGCGGAGCUAAUGGAAGCCAUUGACAAAGCACGCCUCUGGUUCGCAUUGAAUAAUGUCGAGUCAAUGCUUUGUGUAGGUACCGGGCGCAACCCAAUAUCGGACUGUGAUAGUCUUAUACAUGACGCCAUCGAUACAACAUCGAUGGCAACGAUUGGGGCUGGUCGUGACAUGCGACUCACUUUGAUCUCCCAAAUGUUCGCUGCUACACAAUACGGGCUCUCCAUACGCCUCCGUUCCGCAGAAGAAAUUGGGGUCUUCUACAAAGAAGUGCUCGACUUCCUGAUGCGCAUGGACGUGAUCGAGCGCCUCAUUUAUCCCCUCCCAGUCCUAGCAGAGCACGAGGUCUUCUUCUUCACGAUGUUGCAGGUAUACUAUCAGUCCUGCAGGCUGCUGGUCCUGGUACAUGCCCUGAUAGAAACAAAGACCGUGAUUUCCAAGUGCGACCAGCAAAACCCAUGGUUCCUCGUUGCAGAGCAUAACGGAAUCAACCUCGGACGAAGUUGGGGCCACCAAGCGCUUGUGCUGUCUGAAGGCAUCCUCAUCACUGCGCUAUCACGACCUGAACUCGUGCUCCUCAGUGCUGCGCCUGAUAAUUUCUUCUCGAUGCUCACCCUCGCGACAUUUUUCGUCAUCCUCAGUAAAUGGUCCGUAAUGGAAAACGCCUGCGAGCAGUUGCCUGGAUCAAGUGACAGUAUUCUUGCGCGGACGAUCGAUCGCAUGCAACAGGUGAGCGCGGCUCCGGAUCAUGUUCCCGCGAAGUGCGCUCGAGUUAUCGAGGCUGGCGUGUUGAGUUUCCGGAAGCGUUCAUCGGAGAAGUCGGAGGCAGAUUCCCAGCUCAGCCGGCCGUUACUUGAGCAUUUCGAUACGGCUGCACGCAACUUCCGAGAGCGCGUGUCAGCACCUGCUGCGCACUCUGGGUACCCCACAGAGCAGCAGUACCCGCAUACACAGCAGUCAUUCCCGUCGUUCCCAAUCAACGAUCCGAAUUACUUCAUGAAUUCGGACAUUAUCCUUGACAACGAUUUUUGGUCGUCUUUUAUGUCGAACUUGAGCGAUGGGAAGGGUAGAUAG